AUGCCACAAUUAGGUGCGUGUGUCGAUGCAAAAUGUGAUGAUAAAAUAAAGGAACUAUAUGAAUGCCAUUGUUGUUUACAACUGGUUUGCUUAUCUCAUUUGAAUACACAUCUCGAAAUAAGAAAACAAACACAAGAGUUAGAUGAUAUUCGUAAUGAAUUACAUCUUGCUAAAAAUAAACUAAAAUCAAUCGUGGAAGAACAAAUGUUAGUUAUUCAACAUAAUCAAGAUUUGAUUACACAAGCAGAACAAUGUCUCGAUGUAUCAAAUAGUUCCCUCGAUGAGCUUCGAAAUCUCGUCGAAAAUAUUCAUCAAGCUAUGCCGUUGAGUCAAUCAGGUAAAAAUUUAUUAACAUAUUGUUUUUAG